AUGAACGACGACGACUCGGAUCAUAUAACUGGCGGUUUUGUAGAGUCGCAGCUAUUGUGGAAGAACGCGACUGAUUUCUGGGCUGUGUUUGGGUGGGCAUGCCGAUGUGCUGCUGAGCACCCCCAGCGGUGGCAAUACUGGCGGGUGUGGCUCGACUUCGUCAUUGAGGCAAUGGAGCGGGACUGGGACGAGAGGCUCUCGAAAGAUAUUGCAUCUGGGAAGACGAGCAAAGGGAAGUCUGCGCCUGCGUAUCCCCUUCUCAGAGAGAGCUUGCUCGUGACGUUUUUGGCGGAUCUGGAAAGACAGAGGAAGAAUAUUGAAAGAGAGGUUCUAAGAGCCUUAUUUGCAUUUUGCAACGACAAUUCAGCCACUCACCUUUACUACAAGGAGGUUUUCAAGAAAGAGACCGCGACUAUCAAAUCCCAAAAUAAGCGCAAGCGGGCAGACGCUGUGGUGGACCUCGAAAAUGAUAGGUUCGGGGACUACUUUGACGACUACGAUUACGACGACUAUGAUGAUGAUGAUGUUGAUGCAGAUGGUCAGGAUGAGAUCUCUGCUUCAGCUUCACGUCCGAAGAAAAAGGGAAGAAAACACAAGAGUGAAACCGCGAUAUCGUCUUUCAAUCUUACAGACACUGUUGCUGAAUCGAUCCCUCUUCGGCUGCGUAUCUUCCGGUUGCUUUCGGCAGCAGCGUAUUAUAUCUCUGACGUCUUCAUGCCCGUCGACGAACUCUAUGAGAAAUUUACUGACGAACUCCGGAAGCUCCCUCUUCCGGUGUUCCGUCUGUUCAUUCAAUCCCACACAUCGAUUCUCCCCCGAAUGGUUCAGGUCACUCUCCUUCGUGUCGUAGCUAAUAAUCUCCUUCCUCAUAACAAGCCAGACCCGGCUGAGGUAGACCCAAACCACGGCUCUUGCUCGGACCUGACCCAGUUGAUCAUGACUGAGUGCUAUCUGCCGUUUGCGGCAAAGUUCACUAACACAGAGGAUAACGCCAAGUUGUCAAUGACUCUUGAGAGCCUCAUGUGGUACUUAUUUGACCAGAUUGAGAUCCAAUACUCAGAUGAGCUGUGUAAUGCCGUGGAAACAGGCAUUAGGGCUAGGGAGGGAAGAAUACCGCGAAGGGCCGGGAGAAUGAGUGCUGCGGACAAGCAGGCCAGGGAAGCCCUCGCCAGGUCAGCAGAGAACUUGAGGGCUUUGCUUGAUGUUCUUGCUGCCGCGGCCAAAAAAUAA